GGGGGGCUCCUCGGGCGGCGGAGGCGGGCGAGGCAGGUGCGCGAUGCGAAGGAGCGCGGAAGGGUCCGGUCAGUUUCCGCCAGCAAGAGCAUGACCUAGACACAGGUUUCCAGGAGCUGAAAGAGCCCGGCUGCCCUGCCCCCACCAUGUCUUACUUUGCGGAGCACUUCUGGGGAGAGAAGAACCAGGGAUUCGAUGUCCUUUACCACAACAUGAAACACGGGCAGAUCUCGGCCAAGGAGCUGGCGGACUUUGUGCGGGAGAGGGCGGCCGUGGAGGAGGCCUACGCCAAGGCCAUGGUCAAGAUGUCCAAGAUGGCCGGGAACAGCACCCAGCUGGGGACCUUCGCCCCCCUCUGGGAGGUCUUCCGCAUCUCCUCGGACAAGCUGGCCCUGUGCCACGCUGAGCUGGUGAAGAAGCUGCAGGACCUCAUCAAGGAGAUCGGCCGCUAUGGGGAGGAGCAGCUGCGGGCCCAUAGAAAGUCGAAGGACGAAGUGGCCGGGACCCUGGAGGCCGUCCAGCAGCUUCAGGGGGCUGCCCAGCACCUGCCCAAGGCCAAGGAGGCCUUCCACAGCCGGUGCCAGGAGCUGGAGAGGCUGCGCAGGGAGGGGGCCAGCCAGAAGGAGAUGGACAAGGCAGAACUGAAGUCCCGAAAGGCCGUGGAGGCCCUCAGGCGCACUGUGGAAAAGUACAACGUGGCCCGAUCUGACUUCGAGCAGAAGAUGCUGGACUCGGCCAUGCGGUUCCAGGAGGUGGAGGAGUCGCACCUGCAGCACCUGAAGUCCCUGGUCGGCUCCUACAUCCACUCGGUGGAGGACACCCACGUCCAGAUUGGGCAGGUGCAGGAGGAAUUCAAGCAGAACAUGGAGAACAUUGGGGUGGAGACGCUGCUGCGCAACUUUGCAGAGAGCAAGGGCACCGGCCGCCACCCACCAGGGCCCCUGGACCUGGAGGAGCUGAGCAUGAUGUCCUCCUCGCAGGAAGGGCCCAAGAGGAGCCGCAGCAAAGCCUUCCGCAUUCCCGGACUCGGGCGUAAGGAGCGCGGGCGGGACUCCGGGGAGUCUCCGGAGGCGGAUUCGGGGCCCCCCGAGGUGGACGAGGAAGGCUUCACCGUCCGGCCAGAAACGAACCAGAACGGCGAGCACAGCAGCCGCUUCUGCUCCUCCAGCGACUCGGAUUACGACGACGAGGACCCCCCCAAAUUCUACAUCCGGAUCAAGCCCAUCCAGCCCCCCGAGCGAGUGGGCAGUGCGGCCACCUCGGCCGCCACUGAGCAGCUGAAGGCCUCAGUGGGCAGCCUCAUCCUGCCCCCCUGCGUGGGGGGCACCAUGAAGAGACACUCCUCCAGGCACUUGAAAACCUUCCCUUCGGCUGCCGCGCUGCCCACCGACUCUGGGCCGGCCCCGGGCGCAGGAGAGGGAGGUGGGAGACCGGGAAGUGCUGCGACCCCCAGCCUGCUGCCCCGGAUGAGCAGCUGUGAGAGCCGAGGGAAGCCGGAGGCCCUUCCAGCCAGCGCCUUGUUUGGGCCCCCACUGGAGUCGGCCUUUGAGAACGAGCCCUUCACGGCCCCCCGCGCCUACCUGCUGGCCUCCAGCCCCUCCCCCUUCUCCUCCUCCUCCCCCGAGAACGUGGAAGACUCCGGCCUGGACUCCCCCCCACACCUGGCCACGGGGCCCUCCCCGGACCCCCGUCUGUGGAGCUCCCGCCCAGCCACACCCCUCAGCCCCCCCGGCCAAAGGACCCCCAAGGGGGCCAUGGUGUUCCGAGGGGACCGCGGGGCCCUUCUGCCCGAGGACAGAGUCAACCCCUGGCUGCCCCAGCCCUCAGCCCCCCAGGAUGCCUGCUUCGGGCCAGAGCCAGACUGGGCAGGCUCUGGGGCCUCGUGGCCCCCCGCAGGGGCCCGGGCCUUCUCCACCUGCUCCCCUGACCUCUUCUCCUCGGAGGCCGGCUUGGGGGGCCGGCGGCUCUGGGUGUCCCGGCCUCGGAGCCCGGCAGCCUCGGACGGGGCCCCUCGGACCGGGGAGCGCGACAGCUGUCUCUCCUCCAACUCGGCCUCCUCCUCCUCCUCCUCUCCGGCCCCCCUCAGCAGCGGGGACUCCACCAGCCCCUCCCCCUGGGCCCCCCGGGGCCGCGACCUGGACAGCAGGGGCCCGUCUGCCUCUGACGCCUCGUCUGAGCACGCUGCCUUCCCCCCUUCGGCCCCCCACGCUUGGCCCCCCACGGCGGCUCCUGUCCGGCGAACCCUCUCCAAGAGACCCUCGGCCGUGUCGGCCACCAGCCUUGGGGGCGAGACGCCCCGCUCCUUCAGCCCUGCCCCGCUGUCCGCCCUGACCUCCUCCCAGAGCACUUCCGCCCUGACCGAGCGCAGCCUCUUCAUGGCCGCCCAGCAGCAGCCGCCUCCGGCCCUGGGUGUCUCCCGUGGGCCCUCCCCCGUGGUCCUGGGCUCCCAGGGCGCCCUGCCCGUGGCCACGGCCUUCACGGAGUACAUCCACGCUUACUUCAAGGGGCAGAACACGGACAGCUGCCUCGUCAAGGUGACCGGGGAGCUGACCAUGUCCUUCCCGGCGGGCAUCAUCCGGGUCUUCAGCAGCGCCCUGGCCCCCCCGGUCCUCAGCUUCCGCCUGCUCCACACAGCGCCCAUCGAGCAGUUCCUGCCCAACGCCAGCCUCCUCUUCAGUGACUCCUCCCAGAGCGACCCCAGCAGCAGGGACUUCUGGCUCAACAUGGCCGCCCUGACGGGGCACCUCCAGAAGCAGGCCGAGCAGUCGGGGGCCGCCCCCUAUUACAACGUCACCCUGCUCAGAUACCAGUACUCCCGGCAGGGGCAGGAGUGGGCGCCGCUGCAGCUGUCCGUCAGCUGGGAGUGUGGGCCGGAGGCCACCCGGGUGAGCGUGGACUACCGCUACAAUGCCUCCGCCUUGGCCUCGGCCGUGGCGCUCACCAACGUCCAGGUCCUGCUGCCCAUCGAGGAGCCUGUGGCCAACGUCCAGCCCCAGCCCAAGGCCUGCUGGAACCUGGAGGAGAAGCGCCUGCUCUGGAGGCUCCUGGACGUGCCCAGCACCCAGGGCCAGGGAGGGUCCGGCCGCCUCCUGGCCAGCUGGGAGCCCUUGGACGGCCCCAGCAGGCCCAGCCCAGUGGCCGCCCAGUUCACCAGUGAGGGCAGCACCGUCUCGGGAGCCGACGUGGAGCUGGUGGGCAGCGGCUACCGGAUGUCGCUGGUGAAGAAGAGGUUUGCCACAGGAAUUUAUCUCGCCGGCUCCUGAACGUUGGCGGCCCUGGGGGUUUUUCUCUCCGAGUCUCCUGGGAGACAGAAAUAAUAUAUUUGUGUGUUUUAAAUUAUUUUUCGCCUGAAUUUUAACUGCUGAGGCCGGGGGGGGGGAGUGCAGGGGGGAGAAGCCUCGCUGGAGGCCUGGAAGGUCGGAAGAGGACGGUGCCCCUUGGACAGCCCGGAAGACGCCCCAGCCAGCCGCUCUCCCUCCCUCCCUCCGUCUCUGGUGGCCGGUGGGCCCCGACCCUCGUGGGAAGCAGCCGAAGGGAAGGGGGGCUUCGGGGGGGGGCAGCCUUGCUCUU